AUGCAGCCAAUAAACGUACCAGGUGGUGCUGCUUAUCGCACCAUCAGUGGAAUCCUAGGAUACAAGGAGCCGCUGAGUCUUUUAUUAUAUUUCCUGUUUGGAGGUGCCCUUCUUGGCUAUUGCUUGUUCCAUGCCCCGAUGAUGAAUUCCAAGACGAUGGAAAGACUGACAGUCCCAGGUGAAUGGUUUUGGUUCAGUAAGAACGGGUUCAAGAUCGCAUAUCCGAUGCACAUCUACCUUUCCAUCAUUGGUGGAAUGUUCGUCCUUCUUCAGUUCCUUCCCGCCAUCCGACGCAGGGCGGUAUUAUUCCAUCGCAUAAAUGGAUACUUUUCUAUCCUCUGUCUGAUUCCAGCCAACGUUUGCGGUUCAAUUGUUGGGUAUAGAUCAUUCGGAGGAGAGAUCAAUGCACAGUCUGCCUACUACACAUUGGGAAUAGCUAUCAUCAGCUGUUUCUGUGCUGGCCUCUUUAAUGUCAAAAGCAAUACUCGAGAACACCGCCGAUGGAUGAUUCGUGGUGUCGUCAUUUUUAGCUGUGCAAUCACCACUCGCAUUAUAGUGGUAAUCGCGCGUCUCAUUGUGACCGACAUCGGUACCUACCAUGCGGCACGUAUCAUGUUUCUUUCAUCUCAAGUUCGUGGACCCCGUUAA